AUGGGAGACAGCAAGAAAAAGUCACAGAAAUCAUGGAGACCAUCUAUCCCGUGCAUACUCUGUGGAAAAUGCUACACCACAAUGGGUAACUUACGCCGUCAUGUCAAUAACAUACACGGAAAUAGAUCUACGUUUUAUCGAUGCAAAAUAUGCAAAACAACGUUUGGCAGAAUGGACAACUAUGAGAAACAUUUACGUAAUAUGCACCCAUUCUACAAAGUAGAGCCAGAAAUUAUGAAAGAUGUCACCAGAGAACAGGCAAAACCACCAGCCAAAUGGAACAGACCGGCAGAAAGUUUGACCAAGAAACAGUUGGAACUAGCCAAAUUUAAAGUAAAACCAGCCACGGGCGUAACCUCCUCUGGACCAGCCAGUAGGUUCAGACCGGUUCUUGAGGAGGCAGUUGAUUUACUUAAACAAGAUCUUUUUCUGAGUGAUUCAUCUGAUUCGGAGUCAGAAGCAGAAGGAAAGCAGGGGAGUCGGAACCACCGAGACCUAGCCUAUUUAUCCAGUUCAACCCACACUAUCUGUUUAGACGAGAAAGAGUACUAG